AUGCCAAGAGUUAGCAAACCACGAUCACGAGUUCGUCAGCAGGAUCAACGACCAUCCAGUAUUCAACCAUCCGUCGAAGUACCAAGCAAUUUGGGCGAGUUAUCAAUUUUAGAGUUGAAGAACCUUUGCCGCGAACUCAACUUUUCCUGCGCUGGCGGCCGACGGGUACUUACAACGCGUCUACAAAACGAAAGAGAACGUCUAAGCACGAAUACGCCGCAAUCCAACAUUCAAACCGUUCCAGUAAACAACACGUUAUCUAAUUCCAACGCAAGGGAAAGCUUCAGCGCCGACCAACUGGCACAGAUCACGCAGAUUGUUUCGCAGUCGAUUUCGUCUUUCUUCGAAAGCCAACACGCCAUAACAACCGCGACUCGUGUAGAUGAGCAGCCAACUAUCCCGCCACCGCCAACGCCACUCGAAAGGCUAGAACAGCUUGGUCAAUUUCCAUUUUUAAGUUCCAGCGAGCUCCAGCAGCAGCCGACUUCAUCCCAUGGACCUGUUGCCUCAAUCCAGCAAGCAGAUGGGGGAUUCACGCCAGAGAUUCCAAACAAAUACGUUCGUGACAUCGAAAGUGGUGAGUUUUUUGAGCUUGCUAAAUUAUUACCAAAAAAUUUAAAUAAGUUAAAUGUUGGUUCCGAUUCUUCUGACAACGUGGGUUUCACAAUUUCCUCUACGGGAAUCUCAUUAACACCGCGCAAGCCUCAAGUGCUGACUAACAUUGAAGAGUGGACAACCGCUUUCAACACGUAUAUGUUAAUCAUAGUACAAACAUUUCCAAAUCGUGCAUCAGAACUUUUACAGUACAUGGAAACCAUCCGUCAUGCGGCAAAAACGCAUGGCGGUUUAGGCUGGUGCAUAUAUGAUCAUAAAUUUCGCUAUAAAGCCGCCGCGUGUCGAACAUUGUCGUGGGCCAACAUUGACAUGCAGUUAUGGUUGCGUAUUUUCACCGCUAGCUCUACUCAGUUGCGGGAAGAUUAUUCCCUUUUUUCUAACGGACCCUCAAACAAAGCUGGGGCAGCGAGGGACGGAAUUUGCCACCGCUACAACAGGGGUAGACCUUGCCCAUUACGACCCAAUUGCCCUUACACUCACCGAUGUAACCGAAUUGGCUGUGGGGGGAACCAUCCUGGGUACCAAUGUCCACAAUCCCGUGGGGAAAACGAUCACAACGACGACCACCCUUCACAAUCCGCCCGUAGCUCCACGAAGACCAACAGAAAAUAG